AUGAGUUUGGACAACAGCACAGAAAACAAUGAUUUUGGGAAUUCUUCAGGUGAAUAUUUAAUAAAUCAUAUUCCAAGAGAUAUCGGGUUUUAUUGUUCUAUACCAUUCAUUAUUUUGGUUUUAACAACUCCAAAUGAGGAAAGAAAAAGUAUAAUCUACCCAAUUUACAAAACGAUAUGCAAUCUUAUCCUGGGCUAUUUUUCAAGUUAUAUCUACAUUCUACUUGCUGCUUUUAUGUAUACACGUUGUCUUGAUCCGGGAUUAAUUUUGGGAGUAUUUUAUGGAUUUCUUUUUGUGCUUCCUCAUAUAUUUGGUGGAAAUGGUAGCAAUAUGUUAUUUUUUCUACUCAUCGGCGUUCAAAGAAUUGUAGUUAUUUUGAAUUUUGACAAAUUGGAAAAGUAUGUACAAGGAAAAUAUUUGAAUCGAGCUCUUAAUUUUAUUAUUUUUUGGACAAUUGCUUUGAAUUUUAUUGAUUUGACAAAUUGUCCAAUUCAAAACUAUUGCGCAGUUUAUUCAACGAUAAAGAAUGAUUUUGAGUGUAAUAAAAACGCAUUUAUGACAUUGGUAAGAAAACAAGACGAUAAUUUCAACAAAAAUAUACGAAAUUGUUAUUUUUUCCAGAAAUCUAAAACCUCAUUUUAUACGUAUGCUUGUUUUGAUAUUAUGAUUCCAGCAGUCUCUCUUGCAAUACAUAUUAUUUUGCUUCAUGCAAUUCAUAAAAAUCGUCACAUUCUAUCAGAAACUCGACGUAAAUCAGAACUUGCUAUCAUUUUUCAAAACUUACCACUUUGUAUUUAUUUUAUCGCUCAGAUGAUUGGAAUUAUUUUUUAUUUUAUUAUUCAAACACCAAGUCCAUAUAUCCAGUCAUUGAUCAAAUCAAUGAUUUGCCGAGAUUCAACAAAUUUCAAUUCAUUUCCAGUGACAUAUACAAUUGCACAUUGGAAAAGACUUCGAAAUAUCAUGUGUUGUUGUAAAUGUUCCAAAAAUCGAGUUUAUAUUGAUAAUUUAGCAACUUCUGUUCCUGGAAAUUGA